GGCGACAGGGGGGUUUCGUCAUGGCUGCUUCCUUGACAUAAAUAAAGAGAAACGCUAUUUGUCAGCGGCAGCAGAAGAACAGGAAGCAGAGAGGCGACCGCAGACUGCUAUACACGAACAGCCCCACCGAGAUGACUUCCUAAGCACAGAGAUUCCGCUAGCAGACUAGAGGAAGCUAAAAGACAUUCACAUUUUACAAGACGGAGCUGGGAAGGUGGGAAAUGGAGAAACAGCAGCAUUCGUCAGGUUCGGAGAGUCCGGUGCUGCCGCCUGUCCCGCGUAAACCGCGUAACCUCGGAGGAGGAAUCCCCGCAUCUCGACAGGACAGCGUGGAUUCAUUAGACAGUCCUACUGGAUCUCAUGUGGAGUGGUGUAAACAGCUGAUAGCGGCCACUAUCUCCAGCCAGAUCUCUGGUGGUGUCCCUCCAGAAGCCAUUGCUCGUGAAUGCAAGGUUGGGAAGAAGAUAGAUUUCAGGGUAUCCAGGAGGCCAAACUUGAGGUCUCAGGACUCUAGUGAAGACGGCUGUCAGUUUGACAGUGACUAUGAACUGCCGUCUCAUACCACGCAGGUUUUCAAGGAUGUACGAAAGCAGGCACCCAUGGAUGAAGUCCCUCUGUUCCCUGGAGAGACAGUCAAAACCACUGUUAAAGAUGUGAUGUAUAUCUGUCCUUUCACUGGAGCUGUGACCGGCACACUCACAGUCACAGACUACAAACUCUACUUUGUUAGUCUAGAACGGGACUCUCCUUUCAUAUUGGAUGUGAACCUGGGUGCCAUCAGCAGGCUGGAGACUAUCAGUGUACAGAGUCUUGGGGAGAAUACUAGUGGCAUGGAGAUCGUCUGUAAGGAUAUGAGGAGUCCAAGGUUUGCUUAUAAAAAGGAAGAACAGAGUAACCUGGAGAUUUUGGAGGUGUUGACCAAGUAUGCCUUCCCCCUGUCCAAAGAACUGUCCCUAUUCGCCUUUCAAUACAAAGAGCAGUUUCCAGUGGAUGGAUGGAAGGUUUAUGAUCCAGUGUCAGAGUAUAAAAGAAUGGGUUUGCCAAACGAGAGCUGGACCAUUAGUAAGAUCAACAGUAAUUAUGAAGUGUGUGACACUUACCCCGCUCUGCUCGUCACCCCAACCAGUAUUAAAGAGGAUGAGAUCAAACGAGUGGCCUCUUUCAGAGUAAAACAUCGCAUACCAGUCCUCUCAUGGAUCCAUCCAGAAACUCAAGCCACUAUAGUUCGCUGUAGUCAGCCCAUGGUGGGCCCAACAGACCGCCGAUGUAAGGAGGAUGAGCAUUACCUUCAGACCAUCAUGGAUGCCAAUGCACAGUCUCAUAAACUCACCAUAUUUGAUGCUCGACAGAACACUGUGGCUCAUAAUCACAAGGCUAAGGAUGGAGGUUAUGAGAAUGAGAAUUUCUAUCCCAACAUGGAGCUGACUUUCCUGGAGAUCCCAAACAUUCACGUUAUGAGAGAGUCUCUGCGUAAGCUGAAGGAGGUAGUCUACCCUUCCAUUGACGAACACCACUGGCAUUCAGCCAUAGAUGCCACACACUGGCUGGAGUACAUACGGCUUUUGCUUGCGGGUGCGGUGCGGAUUGCAGAUAAGGUUGAGUCGAGUAAGAGCUCUGUGGUGGUGCACUGCAGUGAUGGCUGGGACCGCACAGCUCAGCUCACCUCUCUGGCCAUGCUGAUGCUGGAUUCAUACUACAGGACUCUCAGGGGCUUCCAGGUGCUGCUGGAGAAGGAAUGGAUCAGUUUCGGACACAAGUUUGCUGCGCGUGUUGGUCAUGGAGAUGAAAAUCAUGCAAACUCUGAGCGCUCGCCUCUAUUUGUGCAGUUCAUAGACUGUGUUUGGCAAAUGAUGAGACAGUUUCCCACCGCCUUUGAGUUCAAUGAGCUCUUCCUCAUCACCAUCCUGGAUCACCUCUACAGCUGCCUGUUUGGUACAUUCCUUUACAACAGCGAACAGGAGCGAAUGGAAAAGGCAUUGAACAGUAAAACAGUGUCUUUGUGGUCCUACAUCAAUAGCCAGCCAGAGGACUUCACCAACCCCUUCUAUGUAGACUAUGAAAACCAUGUUCUGUACCCUCUGGCCAGUCUCAGACAUUUGGAGCUGUGGGUUGGAUACUAUGUACGCUGGAACCCCCGCAUGAGACCACAGGUGCCUGUGCACCAGAACCUGAAGGAGUUGCUGUAUCUGCGUGCAGAACUACAGAGGAAGGUAGAGGAGUUACAGAAAGAAGUAUCUUCAUCACGCUCGAUCUCCUCUUCAUCAGAGCAUGCAUAUUCUCCCCCACGUGGCGGUACACCUCUCCACACCUCUGUGUAAAGUGCAUUAGACAAUUCAUCAUUAACAGAAUGUGUGGAAGGAAUCUAUAGGUUACAGUAGACAUAGUAAUGUGAAGUCCAAAUCUAUUAGUCAUUUUUCACUGGAUAAUGCUUUGGGCAGGAUGUAUAAAGGCCCAGCACAUACACAUGUGAAAACUUGCAUGAACACCCAAAAAGAGGACGGUCUCCUAUACAAUUCAGGUUCAUUUUUGAUGUGUGGAAGUGCUCUCACUUCCUUCUGAUCAGAUAAGCAGUAAAGCUUUUGAUUGUGAUGGAGGUUUAAAAAUAGGCCAGUAUUUUAAUGUGUUUAAUUGCGUUGUAAUUAUUAACAUAAGUUUUAAUAAUUUAUUUGUGUGUAGUCAAAGUUUGAGCAUCAUCUUUUGUGUAAUAGCUUUUCCUUUCUCCCUCAGCAUUGCCUGCCUUUGUGCCAAUACAAGUUCAACCUUUUAAUGCUUCUUUGUACCCUACAUAUGAAUGUGUUUGUAUUAUGUUUAAGUUUUAAGAUGUUUUAUUAGAUUUUACUAGAUUAAUUUUUAUCUAAGCAAUAGGGGUUUUAAAUAUUGCUGUUCCGAUCCUGCCAUUUUGGAACCACAUACUGCAUUUGUCUUCUUUUUUUCUGUAGCACUUGUUAGUAUGAAAGUGGAAAUAGUUUUUAAUGUGCACACCCUAUUACUGCACUACUACUGUACUUUCAUGAACUACUGAAAUUUAUGUUUACACAAGGUAAAUAGGGACCAUCUGUAUGUAUAUAUAUCUCAACCCAUGUUUGAUUAAGCAAGUGCAACGAAAUUUUUUAUCUGUGAAUUGCUCCCAUAUUUACACCAUUCCUAUUUAAUUGUAAUUCUGGCUGUUUUGACUUUACAAAUGGUCAACAGUUCAGAUAAUUAUAAUGCACCUUAAAAAUUAUAUAUUGUGUAUUUGUUUUUUUCUUUUACGAGUGUAUUUUGUAUUUGUGCAACCCUUGUUAUUCUUUAUACAUGCACAUUUUUUACUUCUGUUAAAAUAAAUUUAAAAUUGACUCGUGAAACUUGCAACCUGACUUGAAGAAAAAUAAAUCGGAAGGAAUCAAAGACAAGAUAAACUGUUUAUUAUUGGGUUUCUUUAUGCUGAUCUUUUACCACCAAAUAUAACCAGUGAGAUACAGAGUGAAAUUU